GACAAGCGAUUCGUUUUCCCUCAGCGACCGAUGGGGGAAAAAGUGGCGCACUUGCAUGAGAAAUAAGCGAGAGAAGCCAGAAGAAGAAGGGAUUUUUGCAGCGACCAAUCAAACGGGCUCCGGGGAGCGCGGGGCGUGGUCAUCCCAGAGUAGAGGCAGUUGUUUAGUUUACAGUGACAUCUAGUGGUCGGGCAAGGUACGACGUCUCCAGGCCAAACAAUAGAGCCUCCAUCUCCUCCCUCCAGUCAGCUCCUUUGUCUCUCCAUCUCUGCCCUCCGCAGUCUUCACCCUGACUUUGUAUACCCCAGCCCCGGCGAGAUGAGUGUGGAGCCCAGUGCCGGCCAGCAGCUCCAGGCCACCGCCGAGCACCGUGAGAGCACCCCGCCCUCGCCGCCCUUCCAGGACCUCCAGGAGCAGCAUCCCGACCAGGUCUGCGUGGACUACUACUUCACCGAGCUGAAAACCAUUCAGCUGGGGAGCGGCUACGAAGAACUGGACAGCGCUAGGAGGGAUUCUAGACAAUCAGAAGACGGAGAGCAAGAAGAACAGUGGCUAGUCGACGUUGGUCUGUCCGACCUAAUCAACGAGGAGAGCGAAGGUAUGGACAACAUGGUGCUGAUGUCCACGCUAACCCACACUCAGGCACAGGCUGUCCAGCGCAGACUGAUUUCCUACACAUUGCGCAAGAAGAACAAGACUUCGCUUCCACACAUUCGGGACUUCUUCGGUCAGGAGAACCAGAGCCAGUCUGACUCUCAGCCUUGUGAAGAGUUGGCCCAAAACAACCUGGCAUCAGUCUCCCAAGACCCUCAAUCAGAUGAAAAACCGGGACGCCGGCGAAACCCUGCAAAAGAGGAGGAGUUUAAAACCGACGUGGCUUACUGUGAACAAGCCAGACUGGCCAAACAUGAUAACGCCCAGCGGAAGAGAGAGGACGGCACCCUGCCGCGGGUGAUCUGCCCCAAGUGCAGCUUAGGGGUCACUCAAAUUCAAGAUCUGUCCCACAGCGACAUGAAGAAGGUGCGGCAGUUGGCUCUUAUCGACAUGACGGCGCUGUGCGAUCUCCUUGAGCUGGGGGUCAAGCGGCACAAGAAGACCAAAAGGAAAAUCCCAGAGAGGCCAUUGUUUGGUGUGCCGCUGGCCACAAUGCUGGAGAACGACCAGAAAGUUGAGCCCAACGCCACUACUCCCCGCUUUCUCCAAGAGCUUUUGACUUUUUUGGAGAAUGAGGGAGUGCAUUCAGAGGGGAUCCUGCGGAUUCCAGGGUCUCAGUCAAGAAUCAAGCUGCUGCAGAAGAAUCUGGAGGCCAACUUCUACUCAGGUCAGUUCCGAUGGGACGAAGUGAGCCCAAACGAUGCGGCCGCACUUCUCAAAAAAUUCAUCCGAGAACUUCCUGCUCCCCUGCUCACCACCGAGUACCUCAACAUCUUCAACGCCAUCAGAGACAUCCCCGAGCUGAAGCAGAAACUUCACAUGUUGAACCUGCUCAUCCUGCUGCUGCCCGAGUCCAACAGGAACACCCUGAAGGCUCUCCUGGAGUUCCUCGGCAAAGUGGUGUCCAAGGAGAAGUGGAAUAGGAUGAACCUGUGGGCCGUGGCGACCAUCAUGGCUCCCAACCUGUUCCUCCACAAGGCCGUGCCCAGCAGGCUGACCGAGGCAGCAGGAAGAGACCAGGUGGAGAAAGCCGCCGACGUCAUGAGGCUCCUCAUCCGCUAUCAGGACCUGCUGUGGAUGAUCCCAAUUUUUGUCAUGAGCCAGGUGCGAAAGCUGAACGAGAACAGCAGCAGGCGUUACCAGUUUUACGACCGCCGCUUCAAGAACCUUCGCUCCAGAUUGAGCCACGCAGACAGACAUGAAAAAGUUGAUAAAAACACCACAGAGUCACGGCGGACGGUCAAGAUCCACAUUGGAGAUCAGGUGAAGAAAACCAUGGCGGUGGACAUCAACAGCAGCUCCCGGGCAUCAGACGUGCUCAACAACUUUUACCAGCUGUUCCUACGCAGCCCUGAAAAUGGGAAGGGCCAACAGCGAAGGAAUGGCUCUGUGUCUUUCUCAGACUACGCCUUGUACGAAGUCGGCGGAAAUAUCGGCGAGCACCGGCUGGACCCCGACACCCAACUACUGGAUUUGUACAAGAGCAACUCUGCAGGUGAGUGGAUCAUCAAGCUGAAGACAAACAGCAGCAAAUGAAUGUGAUGGAUGGAGCGGGCCUCCGACCAAGAAAACGAAGCAUGCUGGAGUCAUUUCAUGGUGACGUCAACAAGACCGAAGACGGACAUUCCAAAUAGAGGAUGAACAAUCUGCCAGGUGGACAUUCUUCAAUUCAAAAUCUGCAUCUUUUUUUUUGGUGUUUUGACUCAUGACCUCCUGCUGACAAGGAGAGAGGACACUUUUCUCUGCAGCCAUCAUGGCCAUUGGACACUGAGCAGAUGGCACACACACACACAUUAUCACACAUGUGCACACACACACAUAUUCUUGUAUUUGUUACCUUCUUGAGACCUCUGAAAAAGGCCUACCUCUUUAGGACCACCCUUUCUAAUAAUAAUAAUGGAUUAGAUUUUAUAUCACGCUUUUCUAUUGUUAGAUACUCAAAGCGCUCACAGAGAAGUGGGAACCCAUCAUUCAUUCACACCUGGUGGUGGUAAGCUACAUUUGUAGCCACAGCUGCCCUGGGGUAGACUGACGGGAGCGAGGCUGCCAGUUUGCGCCUACGGCCCCUCCGACCAUUCAUUCAUUCAUCAUUCAUUCACCAGUGUGAGCAGCACCGGGGGCAAGGGUGAAGUGUCCUGCCCAAGGACACAACGGCAGCGAUUUGGAUGUCAAGAGGCGGGGAGCGAACCUGCAACCCUCAGCUUUCUGGCACGGCCGCUCUACCCACUAUGCCAUACCGCCCCCAAUUUCUCAAUGUCAAAGGGCUGCACAAGCCACGACGACAGCUCAGAUCCCACAUCAGGGCAAGAAAAAAACUCAAGUGGAAAUGGUUAAUAAUGUGAGAGUUUGACCUUGAACUGUUAUUAGGUAAAUAACUAACGAACUAACUAAAUGAAUAAAAUGGCCCCAUUUACAAAAUAGUUUUCCGUAUGCGGCUAUUUUGGACACCCCUGGUUAUUUAUUCGUGUGUGUGUGUGUGUGGUUGUGUGUGUGUGUGUGUGUUCUUGUAUUUCUACCCUUCUUGAGACUACCUUCCAUAUGAGAAGGUGUGAACAAGUUAGGAAAGUGCUCCCCCUCUGGUCAACAUAUGAAAUAACAAGUGUGUGUGUAAAAAAAAAAAAAAUUGCAAUUGCUCCCCCUCUGGGCAACAUAUGUAAUAACAAGUGUGUGUAAGAAAUUGAAAUGCGUCCUCUUUGGCCACAAUUAAUAAAAAUAAUAAAAUAAAUGUGUAUGUAGAGACAUACUGUAAUAAGUUGAAGUAAUUAAUGAAGAUUAAAAAACAAUUACAAACAAAAAAUUCAACAGCAAAAAGAAAUGAACUAAAAGCAGUCUUUUUCUCAUAUGUCGACUUUUUUCUUACACAAUUGGGAACGAUUUCUCAUAAUCUUUCUGUUUCUGUAAUAUUGCAAUUUUUUCUCGUAAAAUUAUUACUUUUCAAUGCAAAAUGGCGACAUUUGUCAGAUAAAAUUCUGACUGUUAUCAGAAUAUUGCCCAUGUUUUGUUCUUGUAAAAUAGAGACAUUUUUGGAGUAAAAGUAUGAUGACUUUUGUCAUAAUUUUGCCAAGUAAAAUUCCAAUUACCGUAUUUUUCGGAGUAUAAGUCGCACCGGAGUAUAAGUCGCACCUGCUGAAAAUGCAUAAUAAAGAAGGAAAAAAACAUAUAUAAGUCGCACUGGAGCCCGGCCAAACUAUGAAAAAAACUGCGACUUAUAGUCCGAAAAAUACGGUAUUAUUAUAAUUUUGCCAAAAUGUUAAAGUUUUCUUAUAAGAUUGUGACUUUUGUCGAGUAAAAUUACGACUCUUCAUAAAAUUGCCAACAUUUUAAGCUUUUCUUGUAAAAUUGCAACUGUUAUUGAGUAAAAUUCUAACUUUUAUCAUAAUAUUGCACAAAUGUUCAGUUUUUCUUGUAAAAGUUUGACUUAUGUUGAGUAAAAUGACGACUUUUAUUAUAAUACUGCCAAAAUUCUUAAGUUUUUCUUGUAAAAUUCCCAACUCAUUUUUCACAAGAAGCUUUUUUAUAUUUGCAUAGUAUGUAUGUAUUAUUAAUGUUGUAAAUAUAAAUCUUCGUAAGUCUAGAAAGGGUGGUCCUAAAGACGUAGGCAUUUUUUCGGAGGUCUCAAGAAGGUGACAAAUACAAGAAUGUGGGUGUGUGUGUGUGUGUGUGUGUUCUGGCAAUGCAUACUUUACAAAGUCACUUUAGGGGACGUUUGACGUUAUGGGGACCAAAAUAAAGGUCCCCUGAAGGAAAACCUGUUUACAAAAUCACUGUAGGGGAUUUGUUUUUGGGACUUUUGCAAACUUUUCCAACUUUUCUUCUCUACUCACAGUGCGACUUUGCUGGGUGGGUUUUGGACAUGUCGGGGGAAUCCCCGGACUCGGGUGGAACGCGGCGGGACCUGUGGGACUCGAACAUGGGUGUCAUUUUUGAUCAUUUUCCGUACUUUUGCCGACUUUUCCAACUUUUCUUCUCCACUCACAGUGCGACUUUGCUGGGUGGGUUUUGGACAUGUCGGGGGAAUCCCCGGACUCGGGUGGAACGCGGCGGGACCUGUGGGACUCGAACCUGGGUGUCAUUUUUGAUAAUUUUCGGGACUUUUGCCAACUUUUCCAACUUUUCUUCCACACUCACAGUGCGACUUUGCUGGGUGCGUUUUGGACAUGUCGGGGGAACCCCCGGACUCGGGUGGAACGCGGCGGGACCUGUGGGACUCGAACCUGGGUGUCAUUUUUGAUCAUUUUCGGGACUUUUGCCAUCUUUUCCAACUUUUCUUCCCCACUCACAGUACGACUUUGCUGGGUGCGUUUUGGACAUGUUGGGCACCCCUGGACUCGCGUGGCCGGCUGCAA